UUCUCAUCUCGAGGAAAAUUGACAAUGGCCGUCAACUUGUAUAAAUGGUGAUUUGGGGAUUUAGAAUUUGUCCUUUUCAAUUAUUUUAAUUAAAAAAAAAAAACUAAUAAAACAAAAGUAUUUCUAUUGUGAAUAAGUUUAUCUACUUUGCCAUUGCUUGCAAUUGCAAAUAAAACUUAAAUUAAAGGUUACAAAUUGCCAUUUAGAUUUAAAACUUAAUAAAUUAGUCGAAAAACAAUCAUCAAGGAAAAAGCCGAAAAAAAUGAGUUCCAACAACAGCAGCACCAGCAGAAAGGAAACUGAAAGAACCAAGCUGAUUCAGGAGAAGUGUCAAACGCUUCUGACUCAGAUGCUUCGGGAUGAGGACAACAAAUAUUGUGUCGAUUGUGAUGCAAAAGGUCCACGUUGGGCAUCAUGGAACCUAGGAGUAUUUUUAUGUAUUCGAUGUGCUGGAAUUCAUCGCAAUCUUGGAGUGCAUAUAUCACGUGUUAAGUCUGUUAAUCUCGAUACUUGGACACCCGAACAAGUGAUAUCUCUACAACAGAUGGGCAAUUCGCGUGCUCGUGCCGUCUACGAGGCCCAAUUGCCAGACGGAUUUCGUCGUCCCCAAACGGACAACGCUCUUGAGAGCUUCAUUCGCGCCAAAUACGAGCACAAGAAGUACUUAGCCCGCGAAUGGGUACCCCCAUCACCACCCAAAGUAGAUUGGGCAAAAGAAAUUGACGAGGAACUGGAGCGACAGAAACGCAAGAAGAAAGCAGCACAAGCUGGAUCUGCACUAGGCAUCGGAAUCGUUGGAGGUGGAAGCGAUAAGAAGACGACAAUUUCGUCUGUGCAAAAAACACCUCUUCCUGCUCCCUUGCCAAAACCAAAGCCAUCAAACAGCCCCAAAUCGAACCGAAUAAGCGAAUCUUCUACCACCUCGAAUCACAAUAGCUCGUUGGUUGGGGCGGGGAGCUCUGAUCUCUUGGGACUAGCAUCGCCCACUAAACCAAUUGCCGGACUUGUUAACUUAAGUAACGAUUCACAUAAUGAUGCUUUUAGCGGUUUCCUUAGUGCUGCCCCAGUGGCCGGUCCUAAUACACAUAAUUCAUCAAUGGGUGGAAACAUAGAUUCUGGUGCUGGAAUGGGAACAAAUUCGUUGGCUAAAGAAGAGGAGGAUUUCUUUAGUCAAACAACUUCGCUCGGUAUUGGUGGGGAAAAAGACAAAGCUGGUAAAAUGACCAAGGACAGUAUAUUAGCUCUAUAUGGGGCUGCACCCUCGACAAAUCCACAAUCAAAUUUAGGCGGUGGCCAGUUCAAUAGUAAUCCAUUGGGCAGUGCGUUCAAUGGCAAUUUAGCGCAGAACAAGCCAUUUCCAGCGUUACUCGUCAAUCCGAACGCAAAUACAGGUGGCAUGGGAAUGCCUCCAGGUCUAAUGGGUCCAUCACAAGCGCAGUUUAUGACACCACCGAAUUCCGCAAGUAUGUAUAAUGCGCCCGUGAUGACUGCUCCAGCAGCAUUCACCUCGCCAGCAGCCGGAGGUAUGACUUAUCAUCCACAGAUGAUGGGUGUACAAACAACUGGUUUUGCUCAGUUUCCCCCAAUGCAGGCGACAUAUCCUGCCGCAGGCGGAGCCCCCGGCAUGUAUGCAGCAUUUGGGUCAGCUCCAAGUGGGGGAGGUGGCGGUGGUAUCAUGGCCACAGGUCAAGGCCUUAUGCAAAUGCAGAAUCCCGCUCUUAAUCAGGGAUUAAUGGGUAUGCAAAUGAACGGACCAAUGGUGCAGCCUACAGCAACGGCAGCUACCUCGAACCUGAGUCAACAAUUUGGUAAUCUUAAUAUUGGUAAUGUUUGGCAAUAAAAGCCCUCUCCUUAUGAGUCCUCCUUUUCUCAGAAUACUGAGCAUUAUGUCCCCUUAAAAAGUAUUUCUUCUUCUGUGUAAAUUGUGAUGUUUUAUAAUUGCAACGAGGUCGUCUGUGUUCGAUGUGCAAUUGGCUCUUAACUUAUUUUUCGGCAUUCUUUCCAUAUAAAAAAAACAACAAUAAAUUUUCCAAGAAAAAACAAAAUGUUCCACUUUUGACUUUAUAAUUAUUGUUUGCAGUAUUGUUUAAAUAAAUAAAAAUAACAUUGAUGUAUAGUUAGGUGUGCUUAGUUAUAAAAUUAAAAAGAGCUAACCGUCACAUAUCUCCCAAACAAUAAAUACAAAUGUCCCACUGUUAAGACCGAUACAAAACAAAAAUAUUUAACAAAUCUUUUUGCUCAUUAAUUAUUUCUUUAAAAGAAUUUAUAUAACUAAAAUAAAUUUACUUAAACAAAAAUAAACUUAAAUCGUAACGAAUAUGUGAACGUUAAAGAUACAAAAAAAAAACGUAUUGUGGACAGAGGAAAUUCAAGUUAAACAAUAUAUAAAAAAAAAGAUGAGAAGCAUAAAAUUAUGUAUUAGUUAUAAAUAAAUAUAUAUAAAAAAUAUAAAAUAAUAAGUAAAAAUAUGAUUUCAACUUGGAAUAAAUCACGUGUAAAGUAAGA